AUGGACCAGUCCAGGGGAGCACGUCUCAGGCGAUGGGGUGACAGGCUCGCCGUCGACAACGAGCCGGGCCUGACCACCGCCCAACUCAUGCUCACCAACCUCGACCUCAAGCCUGUCGAGCCCGAGCGCCGCCAGUGGGGUUCUUGGAACUUCGUGGGCUUCUGGAUUGCAGACUCGUUCAAUAUAAACACAUGGAUGAUCUCCAGCUCCAUGGUCGUCGCCGGCCUCUCUUGGUGGCAGUCAUGGUUGUGUGUCUGGAUCGGCUAUACCAUCGCCGCGUGCUUCGUCUGCCUCACGGGAAGAAUCGGCGCGACAUAUCAUAUUGGUUUCCCCGUUGUCAACCGCUCGUCCUUCGGUAUCUGGGGUUCUCUCUGGCCUGUAUUCAACAGGGCUGCUAUGGCCUGUAUCUGGUACGGAGUCCAGUCGUAUAUCGGCGGAAAAUGUGUUUACUUGAUGAUCCGAUCCAUCUGGAAGAGCUGGGAUCGAAACACUAUCCCGAACACAUUCCCCGAGGGCUCUGGCACUACCACCGCGGACUGGGUCAGCUUCUUCCUCUUUUGGCUCAUCUCUCUACCUGCCAUCUGGUUCCCAGUACACAAGAUCCGCCACCUCUUCACAGUCAAGGCCUACUUCGUCCCCUGCGCUGGGAUUGCCUUCCUCAUCUGGGCCAUCGUCCGCGCAGGCGGUAUCGGCCCUAUCGUCCACCAACCAGCCACCAUUUCCGGAUCGAAGCUGGCAUGGGAGUUCGUCACGGGCGUCAUGAGCGCCAUCGCCAACUUUGCCACACUGAUCGUGAACGACCCAGAUUUCUCGAGGUUCGCCACCAAGCCCAAGGACGCGCUCUGGUCCCAGCUGUUCACCAUCCCUCUGGGCUUCGCCGUGACUAGUUUCAUCGGAAUCUUUGUCUCGUCGAGCUCGGCCGUCAUCUACAACAGCGGGCCCGUCUGGGACCCCCUGCAGCUGCUGGAGCACUUCAUCGACGACGGCGGCUCCGGGCAGCGCUUCGGCGUUUUCGUCAUCGCGACGGCCUUUGCGCUGGCCCAGCUUGGAACCAACAUUGCGGCGAACUCUGUCAGCGCAGGAACCGACUUGACCGCCUUGUUCCCUCGGUUCUUGAACAUCCGACGCGGAGGCUACAUUUGUGCUGCUGUGGGUCUGGCGAUGUGCCCAUACACGCUCCUCACGGACUCGAACAAGUUUACCACGUACCUGUCCGCCUACUCUGUGUUCCUUUCAUCCAUCGCCGGCGUGAUGUGCGCGGACUACUACGUCGUCAGGAAGGGUUAUCUUGAGAUUAAGGAGCUUUAUGAUGCCCGGAAGACAGGGCCGUACUAUUUCACAUAUGGCGUCCACUGGAGAGCUUACGUGGCCUACAUUGCGGGCAUCCUGAUCAAUGUGGUGGGCUUCGCGGGCGCAAUCGGUCGAGACGUCCCCGACGGGGCCAGAUAUCUUUACAACGUCAACUUCUUCGGCGGAUUCAUCGUCUCUGGAACCGUGUAUUGGGCACUUUGCAAGGUGUCCCCGAUCCCCGCGUGUAGUGACCACUGGAUGGAAGUUGGCGAUGCAAUCGAUGACGUGCAACUCGCGUACGAUGGCAGUGACUUGGAGGAGAGGAAUGACAAACUUGAUGGGGACACGAAAAUGGUAUGA